AUGGAUAAUUGCUUCUCUAAAAUCGAUACUAAAGAAGAAUUCAUACCCGAUGAUAAGAAAAUGACGUUGAUUGAGCUUUACAUUAAGAUAGAUAAUCCAGUUUUCGGCAACAACGUCAAAAUAAUAAAAAAGGCAUAUCGCACAAUGCUUAUUUCCGUCUCAAAAAGGUCGCCAACAUUCUUCGAUGGCUUAACUAAGACUCUUCAGCAAAGUUUGAAUUCAAAAUUGUCCAAUAAUGAUUUCAUUACGAAUAUCGCUCCAUGGAUUGACCUAACAAACGAUUUACAAACCUUGGGCUCCUUCCUAAAGGUGCUUACGACAUCUCUAACGUUACUUUCUCCUUCUUAUUAUCAAGUUAUCUGCAAAACUAUAACAGAUAUCGUUAUGAAUGUUAUCAAAUUAUCAAGCGACGAGUACAAGAAAUUCUGUGAUCAGAACAAUACUAUCAUGAAGCAGCCCAAGUUUUUGAUAUGA